UCGCAGGGUAGUGACGUUGAAUGAGAUGGCGGAAGAGGCUGCUAGGGGUAAAACGUUUGAGCAACGUGAGCCAUUAGCAGUGAGCGUGUCAAGAGUGUGAAAAAAAGCGUCUGUCGCCACUAUUAAAAGCUUCAGUAACAACAAGAAAAACUGCCGUACAGCUCAAAACUUCCCGUCAAGGAAGGAGACAUGGCCCUGAACAAGUCCAUGCAUCCCCGGAACCGCUACAAAGACAAACCUCCGGACUUUGCCUACCUGGCCUCCAAGUACCCGGACUUCCAGCAGCAUGUGCACACCAGCCUCACUGGCCGACCCGUCGUGAAUUUCAAAGAGCCAGAGGCGGUACGUGCGCUGACCUGUACGCUGCUGAAAGAGGACUUCGGUUUGACCAUUGAGAUUCCUCUGGAGCGCCUCAUACCCACUGUUCCCCUGCGCCUCAACUACAUCCACUGGGUGGAGGACCUGAUCGAUGGCCAGGGCCAACCGCGCAAGGGCAUCGACAUCGGCACUGGAGCAUCGUGUAUCUAUCCCUUGUUGGGCGCCACUAUGAAUGGCUGGUACUUCCUUGCCACAGAGGUAGAUGACAUCUGCUUCGACUAUGCUACAAAAAACGUGGAGCAGAAUAACCUCUCUGACCUCAUUAAAGUUGUCAAAGUUCCCCAGAAAACGCUGCUGAUGGAUGCCUUGAAAGAAGAGACGGCCAUUGUGUACGACUUCUGCAUGUGCAACCCUCCUUUUUUUGCUAACCAGCUAGAAGCUAAGGGGGUGAAUUCAAGAAACUCACGGCGACCUCCUCCCAGUUCAGUAAACACAGGCGGUGUGACGGAGAUCAUGGCGGAGGGCGGUGAACUGGAGUUUGUCAAGAGGAUCAUUCAUGACAGUCUGCAGCUCAAGAAACGCCUGCGGUGGUACAGCUGCAUGUUGGGGAAGAAAUGUAGCUUGGCACCUCUGAAGGAGGAGCUGAGAAAGCAAGGGGUGCCUAAGGUGACCCACACAGAGUUCUGUCAGGGACGCACCAUGCGCUGGGCGCUGGCCUGGAGUUUCUAUGAUGAUGUGAUCGUCCCGUCUCCCCCCAGUAAGCGGCGUAAGCUGGAGAAGGCCCGGAAGCCACUGUCGUUCACGCUUCCAGAGGCCGGUCUGAAGGAGCUCCAGGCGAAGGCCUCGGCUAUCGGCUGCACCGCCCGCAGCCCUGUGGACAGUAUCGCCGGUCUGGUGGAGAGGACACUCACUGACCUGCGGGUGCUGCACAAGCAGGUCCCAUGCAGAAAUCAGCAGAAAAGCCUCCUUUUGACUGCGGUGGAGAACACAUGGAUUCAUGGGCGUCAGAAGCGACGUGAACAGACACGUCAGUUGCGGGAGCUUCCCAGAGCACCUCCUGUUGUUGGAGCUAGCUUUCAAACCACCUUGACCACAGCUGUCCCUGCUGCUGCCCCUUCCUCCCAAGCACAGCCCUCCUCCUCACAAAACAGCGACACCCAGAACAGCAGCAAGAGCAAAGCUCCGUCAGCACAGGAGCUCGCUGCGCAGCAAACGGCCAACAGCAGCACCUCAAACGAGACAAUCAAAGAACUGCAAAACCCAACUGAUGAACAAAAAGACGUGUUAGAAAAGGCUGCAGAUGUGGACAUGGAGUCUCUCACCUCUGCAGAACCCCCAGCACAGUCAGCACCAGCCACAGGACAGGAAGCUGGACAAAAGGAGGCUCCUGGCGUUGCACAUGAAGCAAAAAGCAGCUUACAGGAAGUACUGCCCUCAAAACGACCUCUGAGCCCCAGUACAGCUGAGCACUUCCUUUUCAAGUGUCUGCUGAAUGUGAUGCCUGAGGAGAGUGAUGUUGUGAUUGAGAUGCACUGGGUCGAGGGUCAGAAUAAAGACCUGAUGAACCAACUCUGCACCUAUCUGAAGAACACACUCCUCAAGACUGUGGCCAAACCUUGAGUGGCAAAGAUCACUGGAGAAGUACAUUGAAUAGAGCAGAGUCCUGAAAAGGGGUCAAGUAAAAAUGUGAAAAAUGCUAUUUUUGUUUAGAGAACAGGCUUGAGUGCCCCACUUAUGCUAAGUUGUGUUUAUGUUUUUAAUUUUUAAGGACAGUUCAGCUGAUUCAGCUCUGGACUCAGCUGUUUGUGGUGAAAACUGCACUGUUGAAAUCAGUGAUCAUUCUAAUGGAUUAGUACGUUAUCUACUGUUUUCCAGGUCAUAUGAGCUGACUUUCUUGGGUCAGCAGUUUUCCUUCACAUUAGUUGGUAUGUCCAGCUCAAACUUGCCAAGAAAGUAUUUUUAAUAAAUGUACAUUUUAGUAACAUACUUGA